AUGGAAAAAAUUGAAGCAAAACGGCAGAAAUUAGAUAAUUUCAAAAUUGGGUCUUUGCCAAAUGUGUUUUAUAUUCCUGACUUCAUCACUGAUGCUGAUCAAACCCUUCUUCUCAACAAUAUUUAUGGAGCUCCUUCAUCUAAGUGGAAGUUGUUGAAGAAUAGAAGGCUUCAAAAUUGGGGCGGUGUUGUCCAUGAGAAGGGCCUUCUACCUCAACCUUUGCCUCCAUGGUUAACAAAUCUCACACAUAAAAUAUCUGAAGAAUCGGGACUAUUCCCAUCACCAAUCAAUCAUGUUCUCAUAAAUGAAUACCAACCUAACCAAGGCAUAAUGCCACACCAAGACGGACCUUCCUAUUUUCCCGUUGUAGCUAUUCUUUCACUUGGAUCACCUGUUGUCAUGGACUUCACUCCCCAUACCAGAUUAAAACUUGAUUCACAAGUUAUCAACAAAGAAUCCGAUGGAGAAACUAUUGAGAUUGUAAAAGAUAAGUGGCUUGAUGAUCACCGUCCAUUCUCUGUUAUAUUGAUGCCUCGCAGUUUAUUAAUAUUCAAGGAUAACGCAUACUCAGAUUACUUGCAUGGUAUAAAAGAUUGUGAGGUACAUGGUUAUGAUGGGGCUGUAAAUGAAGCCGAAGCUUUGAAAGACAGUAAAUCACACAGGCAUCUUUUUGGCUCAGAGGAUAAGGAGGAAACUAUAGGAAAAGAUGAGUGUAAGAAUAUAUCAAGAACUUCCAAUAGAGUUUCAUUGACUUGUCGAUUGGUUCCAAAAGUUCACAAGAAUCUGUUUAGGUUUUGA